GGGGCAGAUCCUUCACUACUAAAACUCGAAAGUUGAUCCGAUACGUUCAGGUUUCUCAGUAUUAUCCAACAAGAGGAACAGGCUAUGCCCUUUUCACCAGCACUAAACUGUCCCACAGUUCCACUUUCCAAUGGUCUGCAGAUCCCAAUACUUGGAUUAGGCACAUCACAUGAUGGCGGAUACUCUCAUGAUGCCAUUAUGUAUGCACUCACUGAGUGUGGCAUGCGCCACAUUGACACAGCAAAGCGUUACGGCUGUGAGGAGAAACUGGGCAGAGCUAUCAGAGAAAGUGGGUUACCACGAAGUGAUCUGUGGCUCACCAAUAAACUGUGGCCAGGCGACUAUGGAUACAAAGCUGCUAAAAAGGCCUGCCUUGACUCUUGCUCACAAAUGGGGGUGGAUUAUUUUGACCUUUACCUCAUGCACUGGCCAGAGUCAUCACGACAUGGCUGCUCCAACAGGGAGAUGAGAGCUGAGACCUGGAGAGCUUUGGAGGAACUUUACAAAGAAGGGGUUUGCCGUGCUAUUGGAGUGAGCAACUUUCUGGUCCAUCACCUGGAACAGUUAAGGGAAGACUGUAGUGUGGUGCCACAUGUUAACCAGGUGGAGUACCAUCCAUUCCAGCAGCCCAGUCACUUGAUUGAGUAUUGUCGUCAGGAGGGGAUUGUAUUUGAAGGGUACAGUCCUCUGGCCAAGGGUCAAGUCCUCAGCAAUCCCACUGUUCUCCAGAUAGCAGAAAAGUACAGACGCACACCUGCUCAGAUCUGCAUCCGCUGGAGUAGUCAGAAUGGAGUUGUCACAAUACCAAAAUCCACCAAAAAGGAGAGGAUAAAAGAAAACUGUCAAGUGUUCGAGUUCCAGCUGGAGGAGGGUGACAUGAAUACUUUGGGAAUGUUGCAUGAUGGAAGACAUGUGUCUUGGGAUCCAACCAAUGUAGAGUAAUAUAUCAGAAAAUCAGUUGUCUGAAAAACUAAUUUUGAGAUUGUUGUCAGAUUUUAAUUUAGUGAGCUUUGUAUGUCACUCUACCUGGAAGAGGAUUCUGCUAUGGUGUAAAACUCAUUCAUCUCAGCUAGAGCAGCUUGCACGACUUCUCCAGGUGCUGUAACCUCAUAGAAAUGAACUCAAUGUCUACUUUUGUAUAAAGCAAUACAGAUAGGAUGUUACAGUCAUAGGUAACAUAGGAAUGUCUUUAUGAUGAUUAUAGCAAAAUUCAUGAAUAUUUCUGUAUGUAUGAUCUAUAUAUUUUUAAAUA